CUUUUAUUAUAAGUAGCGGCUUAUUUAAGAUAGAAAUUCGCAGGGGUCCUACCGGCAGAUUAACGACUACUUUUGUUUACACACACGUCACCAGGAAAUGAACCAAACUUCACAAUGUUAAGACGGGAUUCACAGGGUGAGGUGCCACUUUUUGAUGAAGAUGAGACUGAAUCCAGCAGGAACAAAACUAAAAUACAACAUCCUUUGGCCACUUUCUUCCACCUGUUCUUCCGUGUAAGUGCCAUCUUGGUCUACCUGUUAAGUGAGCUUCUCAGCAGCAGCUUCAUCGCGUGUAUGGUUACCAUCAUUCUUCUUUUGUCAUGUGACUUCUGGACAGUCAAGAAUGUGACUGGACGGCUGCUGGUAGGGCUGAGGUGGUGGAAUCAGGUGGAUAAGAAUGGAAAGAGCCACUGGAUAUUUGAGUCACGAAAGGAAACCAGCAGAAAAGUGAUCUCAAAUUCAGAGUCACGCAUUUUCUGGCUUGGUCUUGUCGUGUGCCCAGUCUUGUGGGUCUUUUUUGUAUUCUCCGCUCUCUUCUCCUUCAAGAUCAAGUGGUUGGCGGUGGUUAUGAUGGGAGUCGUGUUACAGUGGGCCAACCUCUACGGGUACGUCCGAUGUAAAGUGGGUGGUGGAACCGAUCUGAAGAACAUGGCGACAAACUAUCUCGGCCUUCAACUCUUUAAGCAGGCUAUGAAUAAAUCACAAGGACCCUAAUGCACCUUCAGAAGAUUGAAAGUUGGUGUUAUAUUCUAACUUAUUUUCUUAUUUUCAUACUGACUUAAAGGGGAACAAACAUCUAGUGAAUUUGUCUCAUAUUAAAACACUGUACAGUAUUUCAAUCCUAUUUCUUAACUUAUAGCAAUACAUGCCAAAAUCUUACUAUAAUAAAUUGUUUGUUUGCAUUGUAUGAUAUAUGGACAAAAGUAUUGGGACACCCCUUCUAAUCACUGAAUGCAUGUGUUUCAGCCAAAACAGUUGCUACCAGGUGUAAAAAAUCAAUUAUAUAAAUACAUUUAUAAGCUUACAGAUGGCUUUGUGCACAAAGCAAGGUCUAUAAAGACAUGAAGAAAAGUUUAGUUUAAAGACAUUUCAGUGUCCUGCACAGAGCCCUGACCUCAGCCCCACUGAACAGCUUUAGAAUGAACUAGAACAUCAGUUGAGGCUUUUUUGACCAGCAGCAGUGCCCAGCCAAACAAAUGCUCUUUUGGCUGAAUGGGCACAAAUUCUCAUACACAGACAUACUUCAAAAUCUUGUAAACCUUCUCAGAAGAGUGACUGUUGUUAUAUCUGAAAGGAUUACAUAGAGGGAUGUCCAACAAGCUCAUGGUCAGGUGUCUAAAUACUUUUGGCCCUUUUUCUAGUAGCAUGUCGGGUCCAAAAUAACUGUGUUUUAUGUAUGUCUCUGGAGGAUGGAUUAAAGAAAUAUUGUCUAAAUUGUGGACUGUUUGUCUAAUCUGUAAUAAAAUGUGUUUAGUA